AUGUCUCGCUUUUUCUACGGCAGCGACAGCUCCAGCGAGUCUUCCUCGGACGAGGAGGAACUUUACAGCGAAGAGGAGGAGGAACAGAAGUCCGAAGAGGAAUCCAGCGAGGAGGAGUCCGACGAGGAAGAUUCGGAUGACGAUUCCAGCGACAGCGACGGUGGCAAGACUGGUGCCAACCGUUUCUUGCGCGACGAGUCGAGCGAGGAUGAGAGCGACGAGGAGGACGACCGCACCGUGGUCAAGAGUGCAAAGGACAAGCGUUUCGACGAACUCGAAGGCACCAUCCGCCUGAUUGAGAACGCCCAGAAGAUCAACGACUGGAGUGUCAUCAACGACAGUACGUCCACCUGUUAUGCCGCUGUUUGUGCUCCAACGCGGUAG